AGCGGCGGCUCGGCUCGGCUUCUCUGCAGCAGCAGCAGCGGCUCGGCGCUGAGCAGAGCUGCUCCGGCGGGGCGCCCCGCCCCGGCCCUCGCUCGCUCGCUCGCUCCGCCGUCGGUCUCUGGGUCCUCCGCCUCGCCUCGCCUGGCCGGCGGUGGCUUAUGCAAGGCGCGGGCGGCGGCGACGGCGGCCCUCUCAGUUGCCUGCGGCUCCCGGUGGACGCGCGCUCGGCUCCCGCGCCGCCCCCCCCCUCCCCGGCCCGCCCGGGGCCACCAUGUCCCACGUCCGCCUCUCGAAUGGCAGCCCGACGCUGGAGCGGAUGGAAGCCCGGCAGGCCGACUACCCCAAGCCCUCGGCGUGCCGCAGCCUCUUCGGCCCCGUGGACCACGACGAGCUGCCCAGGAAGCGAACCGCCGACCCCGACGAUUCCUCUCAUCAAAACAAAAGAGCCAACUCGACAGAGGUAAUUCCAGAAGACUCUCCCUGUGCCAGCUCAGUGGAACAAACACCCAAGAAAUCCAGCCCGGGACGGCAUCAGACGUAGAUUGUUUAUUUGAUUUCAGAAAAUAUUCAUUUCCUUGUUCUUUGAAGGCGGUGGGUUUGUGAAGCAAGGAAGAUGGAGAGUUUGUAAAUGAAAGAGAAAGAAAACAUAUCAUUGUUUCUCCAUGGGAUGGAGAACUCUUUGCAAGCACUGAAACAAAUCACACCUAACACUAAAGCCAGGCACUCAUAAAAGAUCUGCCUCUUAAAAGCCUUGGAUGUAGCAUUCUGCAAUUAGGAGUUUCCUCAUUUGCUUCAUUGUACUACCUGUGUAUAUAGUUUUUACUGUAUGUAGCACAUAAAUCCCCCCCCCAUCUCUUUCUCUCUUCCUCGGUUGGUUCUAGGAAGGUUUGGGGAUGGUAAAAGGUGAUGGGUUUGGAAUCUGCUUCCCAAAUCCAGCAAGCAGAGAAUUUGUAUGGGGAAUAACAGUCUGUGUUUUCAAAUGGUCUCUAAGGAUGUAUUGUCCCUUUCUCAAAGGAGCCCAGAACUUUUCCAAAACAAAAUAUCAACACGUUAACAUGGGCUAUUGCAGAAGGAUAGAACCUGCUGAUGGAAUUUCUCCUUGUUAAGGGCACAUUCCUGCAGGAAAUUCUCCUCCUCCCCCCUCCCCCGCCCCACAGAAUGAAUGUGAGUGUGGAAGAGCACACGAAGUUCAACAGGAGAACGUUGCAUGGGAUCAUGUCCUAAAUUUGUAUGCAAGAACUCUGUUUCCAUUAUGUAGCAGAAUAAAGGGCUUUUUUUCUGGGACCCUUUAAAUUCCCUUCUCUAAGAAGUGUUUGCUAUCUAUAAUACUUUAGAUAAUUUCAAAAAUAAUUUAAAAUUCAUGAUUGGAAUGGAAAGGGAGGGAAAAUUGACAGAACCCUGAACUUUCCCCCCUCCCUUCUUCUUGCUCACUCUCUCGUACCUGCAAGUGAGUAAACAAAAAGAAAUACUACAUCUUUCAACAGUAUUUUUAAAUUGCCUAUAUGUUUUUUUUAAAAAAAAAUUAAUUUUUGAAAUGUACCUGUGUACAUAACUUUGUAAAGACACUGAGAAAAUUAUACUAACUUAUUUAUGUUAAAAGAUUUUUUUUAAAUCUAGAAUAAGAUAUUUUCCCAUAAAGCCAAAGUGGCAGUGUUUUUUGUGUGUGUGCAUUUGUAAAUGCUCUGUUUGGUAGGGUUUUGUUUUAGUUUUUGUUUGGGGAGGGAGGGAAUUUGUUAAUUAAUAUGGCUGUCCUUAAAUGAUUGCAGACUGAGCCAAGUUUAAUAUUUUUUUAUAAUGUGUGAAAACAGUUGCCAACUGAUAUUGUUUUACAUCAAGCAAUCAAUAAAGAAA